AUGAGACUUACUUCCGAGUUGGGAGUGGUGACGGAAGUUUUGGGGUCCCGUGGGGGGAUAGCAGGAGGGGACGGAAUGUCCUCAUUGGCCAGAUCAGUGACCGGUGGAGGGGGAGGUAGAUUAAGGAGGAAACUGGCGACAGACGCCCUACCUCCUUCCUGUGGUGGGGGAAGAGGCGAAAGAGGUGGGAUUGUGAUGGCAUCCCCACUGGAAUCCAUCUUUGUCAAUCCCGUUCCGUUUCAUCAUCCAUUUCAAAAGACCGACGAUGCUCGUGAUAUCGGCCCGGUUGACUGUCUGUUGAAUCACCAUCGGUUUGAAGGGCAAGAUGCAGAGGUGUAGGUGGCGGAGGUGGGAACCAAUUGGAAUUGUUACAUGGCGUGGGAGUUGAUAUUCCAUCUACCGUAUCAUUUUCAGAAAUCGGGGGUGGUACCACAUCACCAUUACAACUUGGUGUUGAUUUCAUUUCGACGGUCACUUUAUUGACCGAAUUUGCAGCCGAUGAAGUGAAUGUAGAGAUGGUAUUAUUGACAGACGUAGUCACUGUGGUAGACAUCCCUUUACUAGCUUCAGAAUCGCAGCCAUUAGAAGUAGUGGAUUCAUCGUCCAUAACCUUGGAAGAGGUUGAAAUUGUCGAGGAAGCGGAGGUGAGUGAACAAGUGCUUUCACAAGUGGCUGCACCAUCUGGCGGACCACGGCCACCUUGUUGACCACCACCUGGUGGAUUCUUCUCCUUCUUUGCCUCCGACUUUGUGUUGCUUUUCGUUAAGGAAGAAGCUGUUUGCAAACCGAAACGCGCCAUUCGAAGAUCCCAGGCGUCAUCGUAGAGAGUGCCUCCACCUCCCAAUUUUUGUCCCACUUUCUCCAAAACUGCUGUGCUCUCUGCAGUGGCUUUAG